CCGAGGAACCACGCAAUCUUCAUAUAAAGGACUGAAGUGAAGCCUGUCAUCUUCUUACGAGAGAAAACCGCAGCAUUUUCCUACGAAGCACUUUGACUUCGCCCUUCCAUCCUCAAGUGCUUACUCACCUCACCUGGUACUCGGUACCAAUUACACUCGUUUCCAGAGAACUAAAGAACUAGCCACUUUCAACCUCCCACAACUUCUUCAGCGCGACGAUCGUUCUCCAGCACGCGAUCCUCAACGCCGUUCCAACCCCGCAGAUUCAUCAAUUGAUAGCAAUCAUAUUGGAUACCUAUUAGGGUGCAGGCACUCGUGUUCUGGCAGAGUUCGGGAUUCGACGACUACGAUUUGAAUGAAGUAACCACAGAGCAAGAUGGCAGCAGAUUUCCGGUUAGGAUUAUGGAGGGGUCUCCUUCUAUUGUUGAGCUUCUCAUAUACUCAAGCAUUCUACAUACCGGGUUGGUCGAUCAAAAGCUACAAAGAUAACGAACCAAUACCACUCCUCGUGAACAAGGUUUAUUCCGACAAUACACAGUUGCAAUAUGCCUACUAUGACCUGCCAUUCGUUUGCCCUCCGACUGGUGUACAUCAUGCUGGCUCCUCACUCCUUAGUGGCCAGAGCAUCUCCCUUAAUCUGGGAGAAGUACUUCGAGGCGACAGAAUAAUGCAAUCGGACAUUGAGCUUUUCAUGGGACAGGAUCAAGAAUGCAACUUUCUUUGCAAGCGGACGGUCAGCAGAUACGAUCUGAAGCGUGCAAGAGAGAUGGUCCAAGAUGGCUAUGUGGCAGAGUGGAUUGUGGAUAAUCUUCCCGGAGCGACGAGCUUUGUUACAGUGGAUAAAUCGCGGAAAUACUAUGCCGCAGGAUUCAAGAUUGGCUACAAAGACAUCUCGACUUCGGGCCAUACGCGACAUUACAUCAACAAUCAUCUGACUAUUGUCAUCCGAUACCGAAAAGCUCCUGGCAAGGAUGGAGAGAGGGGUAGGAAGGUGGUGGUUGGAUUCGAGGUCUACACAAAGAGCAUUGGUGCAGACAAACGUGCAGAGUCCGGAUGCCCUGUCGAUAUCAACGAAGUUGACUCUGCCAUGGAAUUGUAUCUUCCUCCAAACUCGACAGAUUUUUCGGUUCAAUAUCCUCAUUCGUCAUACCACCCACCCGAGAGCGAGCAAGACAUGGACGAUGGCGCGAUUCUCGACAUUCCUUACACAUAUUCUGUAUAUUGGCGAGAAGAUGAGAAGAUUGAAUGGGCACACCGUUGGGAUCUCUACUUUGUAAACCAAGAAGAGGGGUCAAGGAUUCAUUGGCUCGCGAUCAUAAACUCCUUGAUCAUUUCUGGACUUUUGAGCGGUAUUGUGGCCAUGAUCUUGGCAAGGACAAUCAGGACAGACAUCAAGACUUACAAGGACGCUGCACUGGAGGAUGGAAAACAGAAAAGCAAACGCAAAUCGAGACCAAGCAGUGGGGCGAGAACUCCGAAGACGGGAGAAAAAGCUAGCACAGGACUGCUCGAGCAAAUUGGGGACACGGAGAAUGAUGCAGAUGUCUCAUCAGAUGAAGAGCCUUUGGAGGACGUGACUGGAUGGAAGUUGCUCCAUGGAGACGUUUUCCGAGCGCCAGCUUAUGGCAACCUUCUUGCCCCACUUGUUGGAUCUGGGAUGCAGCUCGUCUUUAUGGCAGUUGGACUUUUAUUCCUCAGUAGUCUUGGCAUAUUGAAUCCCAGCUUCCGUGGCGGUUUUGUCUCUGUUGGCGUGGGACUUUUCGUCUUCGCCGGCUUGUUCUCUGGCUACUUCUCUGGACGUGUGUACAAGACUUUUGGUGGUCUGAACUGGAGGAAGAAUACGCUCAUUACAGCACUUCUCUUCCCUGGACUACUCUUUGCACUCGUUUUCGUCCUGAACUUGUUCGUCUGGGCACAAGCAUCCUCCACCGCCUUGCCGUUCAGUACGUUGGUCGGCAUCAUCAUGUUGUGGCUUUGCAUUCAAUUGCCUCUGGUGUAUGCUGGCUCUUGGUUUGGCUACGUUCGGACAGGUGCAUGGGAACACCCAACAAAGACUACCACCUUACCUCGCCAAGUACCAGCACAGGCUUGGUACAUCAAAUCUCCAAACUCGAUUCUUCUGGCUGGCCUGAUUCCAUUUGCUGUCAUCUUCAUCGAACUUCUUUUUGUUUUCCAGUCCAUGUGGCAAGACAAGUCUGGCUACUACUAUGUCUUUGGCUUCCUCUCAGUUGUAUCCGUUAUCCUCAUCCUCACCAUCGCCGAAGUCACCAUUGUCACCAUAUACAUAAAACUCUGCUCAGAAGACUACAAUUGGUGGUGGCAUUCCUUCUUUGUCGGGGGAGCAAGUUCGAUUUGGGUCUUUGUGUAUUGUAUUUGGUACUACUUCACGAAGCUACACAUUCAAGGUUUCGUGAGUAGUCUGCUGUUCUUUAGUUAUAGUUUCAUGGCGUGUGUAGUGUAUGGGCUCCUCUGUGGUACUAUAGGGUUCUUGACGGCGUAUGCAUUUGUGAGGCGGAUUUACGGCGCUAUAAAAGCUGAUUAGAAGGUGCAUGGAUGGAUAUCCGGUGGCAUUGUGUGAUACAUGCAUAGGCGGAGCAACGGUGCCUUGAUUUAAACAGGUUGGAAAAUGUACUACGUUCAUCUCCAUGC